AAAAGGGAUGCUAGCAGUUAACUUUUACCAUAAAUACUUUCUUUUCUGUUGUUUCAUGACAGCAAUACUCUAUGCCACUGAAACAACCAGAGAAGAGCCUACUUCCCUCCCAGAUUCUGGGUCUUAGUGACCUUUCAAGAGCUCCCCAUGAAAUGCCACUGUCUGGGUGCCAUGGGAAGUGGAUCAAAGAGAUUGAUUCAGCCUACAUGAGGCUGGCAAAGCAAGGAGGCCUACCUGAUGAGCUGAAGCACUACAUUCCUGUGGUAAUGAAGUCCCCUCCAGCCGAAUAUGCUGCACCUGACUGGUACUCACACUGUACUAAUCCCACAGGGAUUGAGGAGCCACAGAGCUGUGUUUCCUCUCUACCAGAUUAUAUGGUUCAAGAGUUUAUGGCUGAUGACCAUCACAGUAACAGUUAUGAGACAAGAAAUGGGCCUUUUGAUUUUGGUACAAAAAGUGUUUGGCAGUGGGAAGCUGGGGUCAAAGACAACGCAGAGAAAAAGAAGGUAAAGUUCUCACCUAUAAGCCCUAAAUAUCCAAGCAGAAUGCCAACUGUUUCUACAAAUAAGGAGUUUACUGGAACAAAUAAGCUUUCCUUCCCACCCAGGCCUGCUCAGAGAAAAAGUGAAGCUGUAAAUUUUAGCAAAUUGAUGAGUAAUGGCUAUGGGUGUGACUGGUUUCAGCAGUGUACUGGAUGGGAAAAAAGACUGAAGAAAUAUCAGAAAACAGUGAGCACUCUGAAGAACAAUCUGAAUCACCACCUGCAAGCAAUGAGUUAAAGCCACUGUUUCAGGGAAGUAACUUGAAAGACUGUUGGGAAACUAAAGCCUCGUAUUGCUUAUACAGCCCACGUUGGCUAGAUUAUUUUUCUAAUUUAAUUCAUCCCUGAUUGAGAAGUUUGUGAGAUGGAUGAACUUCAUUGGGCUUGAUUACAGCAAAUUUUAACGAAUAGGCAACAACUGUCAGUGCUUAGUCCUGCUGCUUUGCUGUUCCCAGACAGGGUUACCACAUUGCUGCUCACUCAACUAGACACAGGUAUGAUAUUGAUGUGUCCAAAUCAGCAAGUUUCUUCAGUUAAGUACAGUUGUACUGAUGAAUUAUGCCAUAAAGAAAGGUGAAGGGGAACUGUGUGGUAUGGGAUGAAAUGUAGAUAGAAAGAAUUGAACUGGUAUGGAUACUUGUAGUAAAAAAGGCAAACUUUCACUGAAAAGACUGCUUCUUCACCCCAAACGCUCAUUUAAUUCAAACAGAUACUCAGCUUUCUAGGACAGUUCUGUUGCUGUGCCUGCUGCACAAGAACUAGUUGAUCAGUCAUAGUGUUCAACCAUGUAAUUAAAGACCUGGCGGCAUUUCUUGGUAUAGUUUUGUUGUAUAGAAGCUGAAUCAUUGGCUAACAGUUAUACAGACCCAGCUAUCUAUGAUGUCUUAACUUUCAACUGUUUGAUAAAAAGAAUUGUCUAUCCUGAA